AUGGUUGGCGAGCGGGGCGUCCAGCUGUCGGGCGGGCAGAAGCAGCGGAUCGCCAUCGCGCGCGCGCUCCUCGUCGAUCCAAAGGUGCUGCUGCUCGACGAGGCGACCUCGGCGCUGGACAGCGAGUCGGAGUUUGUCGUGCAGGAGGCGAUCGACAGGCUGAUGGCGUCGAGAACGACGGUGGUCAUCGCGCACCGCCUCUCCACCAUCCGAGACGCCUCGCUCAUCUGCGUGGUGUCGAAGGGACGGAUCGUCGAGCGCGGAACGCACCAGGAGCUGAUGGCUGCGACUGGGCUGUACAAGCAGCUGACCGCGCGGCAGGCGCUUGGCCCGGGGGGGGGGAGGCGGAUCGGGAGCGGGCCGUGA